UGCUUGAGCGUGGUGGUCCUCAGACAGGACCGCUCGGACAGGGAACCAAGCGCCCGUCUGGGAACUCUAUUGUCAGCCAACAGAAGAUUUUUGGGCGUUGGCAACACACCCUGGAUGAAGACACAAUGGAGAGUAAGAAAAAAGCCAUGGAUGAGCUGGUGUCGGAGCUGCGUGUCUUCCUGGACCUCCUGGAUAUGGAGUACCUGAGCACGGGCGUCCGGGAGAAGAAGGCCCACAUCUCCAACAUCCUCAACCGCAUACUCAACGCUCAGGAGCCCUCCUAUAAGGCUGAGAUCCACAGCUCGCUCCCUGCCCCUCCACAGAUGCCCCUGCCAGAGAUCCCUCACCCCUGGCUGCCUCCAGACAACGGUCCGCCUCCGUUGCCGAGUUCCUCCCUGCCAGAGGGUUACUAUGAGGAGGCCGUACCCCUCAGCCCUGGGAAAGCCCCGGAGUACAUCACCUCCAACUACGACUCGGAUGCCAUGAGCAGCUCGUACGAGUCGUACGACGAGGAGGAGGAGGACGGCAAGGGCCAGAAGAUGCGUCACCAGUGGCCGAGCGAGGAGGCCUCCAUGGACCUGGUGAAGGACGCCCGCAUCUGCGCCUUCUUGCUGCGCAAGAAGCGCUUCGGACAGUGGACCAAGCUGCUGUGCGUCAUCAAGGACAACAAGCUACUGUGCUACAAGUCCUCUAAAGACCAGACGCCCCAGAUGGAGCUGGUGCUGUCGGGCUGCAGCAUCACCCACGUGCCCAAGGACGGCAAGAAGAAGAAGCACGAGCUGAAGAUUGUCCACCAGGGGGCAGACGCCCUCGUGCUGGCCGUCCAGAGCAAGGAGCAGGCCGAGGAGUGGCUAAAGGUGAUGAAGGAGGUGUGUGCUAGCGGUAAUGGACACAUUGAGACAGAUGGAGUGGGCUCCGGAUCUCCUGUACACAAGGCUGAACUGGAAAAGAAGUUGUCCUGUGAUCGACCCAGCUCAGACGGGGAGCCUGUUCACGAGAACGGCGUAGCAGACACAAAGGACCACGCCAAAGGGAAGGAAGGGAAGAAGAACUCUAAGUCAGAGCAGAAGCAGAGCACCGUGGGUAAGACUGCGGGGAAGAAGAUCACAAAGAUCAUCGGUCUGGGAAAGAAGAAGCCAUCCACUGAUGAGCAGACCUCCUCCGCAGAGGAAGACGUGCCAACCUGCGGCUACCUGAACGUGCUGUCCAAUAACCGUUGGCGCGAGCGCUGGUGCCAGCUGCGGGACAACCAGCUGCUGCUGCACAAGGACCGCACAGACCUGAAGAGCCACAUCGCGGCCCUGCCCCUGCGCGGCUGCGAGGUCAUCCCUGGCCUGGACUCCAAACACCCCUUCGCCUUCAGGCUGCUACGCAACGGGCAGGAGGUGGCCGUGCUGGAGGCCUCCUCUUCUGAGAGUAUGGGUCGCUGGUUGGGGGUGCUGCUGGCUGAGACGGGCUCCACUACGGACCCUGCGGCGCUGCACUACGACUACAUCGACGUGGAGACUACGGCCAACGUCAUCCAGCUGGCCAAGCAGUCCUUCUGUUUUACGAGUAAGCGUGCAGUGUCCCCCAACCCCUAUCUGGACAACCCCGUCAACGGCUAUGCCUACCCAUCUGGAGUGGCCCUGCACUACGAUGAUGUCCCCAUUAAUGGAACGCUGAAGGAGGAGGUACACUAUGAGAAUGCUGAGCUUGAGCUGUAUGAGAACAUGCCCUCGCCCAAGCUAGCGGCGCGCUACCCUCCCAAAAAGGCCACCGCGGCCUCCUCCUCCUCCACUAAGCCUUCCUCCGGUACCUCAUCUGCCGGCCACUACAAAACCCCUGUCUCCUCUAAAGCACUGUCUUCCUCGUCUGCUGCUAACCCUAACUCUCCUUCUCAGCUGAAGGGGAAGAAGGGCUUGGCCACCAACGGGACGGCCAAUAAGAAAGCGGAUAAGAACCAGGCCAAGAAGGGCACCGCCGUCACCAAUGGCAACCACCAUCACACAGCCGCACCGGUCAAACGCGUCAACUCCAGUGUGGACCAGUACAAGUAUGGGAAGAACCGCGUGGAGGCGGACGCCAAGCGCCUGCAGGCUAAAGAGGAGGAGCUGACCAAGAGGAAGCAGGAGAUCCGCAACCGCCUCACGCAGCUCAAGAAGGACCGCCGGGACCUGCGCACCGCCAUCGAGGCCAACACCGGCAAGCGUGCUGCGACGAGCCUGUCGGACCGCUUGAAGCGCGUGGAAGACGAGUGUCGCAAGAAGGAGGAGGAGCGCGUGGAGCUGGAGCUGGAGCUGACGGAGGUGAAGGAGAGCCUGAAGAAGGCCCUGAGCGGAGGAGUCACGCUGGGACUCACCAUCGAGCCCAAGGCCACCUCCUCCUCCAGCCCACAGUCUCCUGUGUUCAUGCGGCGUACGACGGAGAACUCUCCCCUGUCGAGCUGUGACACCAGUGACACAGAGACCUGUUCCCUGCCUGUCAACAGUGCCUCACUGCUGCGCCGCACGGUGGCACACAAGACACCCCCCGUACGCGGACACGUGCUCAGGAAGGCCAAGGAAUGGGAGAUGAAGACUGGCACAUAAAAAAAAAACUUUUGUUUUCUCUUCCUUGAUUUUCACUUUACAAAUGUAAAUAUUUAUUUAUAACUUGCAUAUAGGAAGGAUGCUGAAGAGGAGUCCAGCUUAGAUCACAUGGUGCAUGACAAACAAAAAAAAGACCCAGGGGCCUCCAUUGUAUUUUCUUUUUUGUUUUAAAUUUCUUCCACAAGUUGCUUCGAUUAUAUCUGCCCACAAAAGAGACGGGCAUUUGUAUCAUUCACUACCACUGUCACUACUUUCUGAAGCUUUUACAUUUUUGUAUCAUGCUGUUCUGCUUCCAAUGUUGGGGAGCGUUUCUCGAAAGCGUUGUUGUUAGCCAAUUAGCAACUUGGGUAGUUGCCAAUGGGAAAUUCCAUGGCAAACAACAAAGUAACUAACGUAGCUAGCAACUAUGGUUUCGAGAAUGUAUCCUUGCACAGUCAUACAGGUUCAUAAACCAGCACGUAGCCAUCAGUUGCUAAAAACAACACAUGUAUCUCUCAGUAUCCGUUUUACAGCCAUCUUUCAAUAGGAAGACCCUAAGUAUUUAUUUGUAAAUGUUUUUGUUUUUUAAGUAAAUCCCAGUGAUUUGGUUUGUCCAUUUUUUAUUUAUGUUAAUAUUUAAAGUUUGUUUUCAGUUUUUUAUAGUCUCAUCUUCGUAACAGCCAUUUUCACAGCCAUUUGUGCGAAUGUUUGUAUGUGUGGAUGUCUGUGUCUUUG